GCUCUCUAAACAGACCCCCUCUUUCACAGCACUCCACCCAGAGACCCAGCCCCACGACAAAACACACUGCCAAGCUGUGAGUCAGAGAAGAACCACAACAACACUCUGCCUCAAACAGUCAACAACAACAUCAACCCAGGAUCACCAUCCUCAUCAUCCUGUCAGUGUUCUCGAUUGAAACCCUGUACAGAGGAUACACGACAUCACCCUUAAAAGCUAAAUUUAAGGAUGUCUGAGGUUUUCGAUCUCAAAGCUUAAUCGGACUCCAAUCACAGACCCCCCACCCUCACCCUGCAUACUUUUACAUCAAUCCUUAGUCUAUCUGACCCAAGAACAAAGCUUCCUCGUGCAUUCAUCUAACCAUCCUCAUCAUAUUCAUUUGUACAGGAAAAAAAAAACCCGAUGGCAUCACCGCAGAUCAACGUCACCCCAGCCUCGCCCUACAACGGUCAACAGCAACAACAACAAGCCCCAGGAAGCACGAUGCGAAGACAAGCAACGGGCAGUCCGAAUCCAUCAGGCGGAGGAGGAGCGGGAGGAGGAUUACCAGGCAGUCCAGGUGGAGGAGGCGGGUUCAGUUACCCAUCUGCGCCGUACACACAAACCGGCUCACCCAGUCCAUCGGCCUACACUCCCAUCGGAACCACUAACUCGUACAUCAGUCAUCCUAAUAUAGCCCAUCAACGUCAAUCCAAUCAUCCCAAUCUGGCCAACGAUAGUAACCCGAACUCGUUUCUGGCUAAGAUUCAGCUCUGGUCGGCCUCGAUCGAAGACUUCAUCGAACUCUACUCGCAUCCUAUUAAGCCUUAUCUGCCCGGCCUCGGCAGAUUCUUGAUCGUGGUGACCUUCUAUGAGGACGCUUUACGGAUCGGUACUCAAUGGGAAGAUCAGCUUUACUUCUUACACAAACAUCGUCACUUCCCCUGGGGUCUCAGUCACGGCUUCCUGAUCUCUAACGUAGUCGUGAUGGUCGUUUGUUCGACCUUAAUAAUAGCGAAGAAGUAUCCACUAUCAUCAGUAUUAGGGCUAUUGGGAGUGGUCAUUUCGCAAGGAGUAGGCUACGGAUUAAUCUCGGACCUCAAUUUUUUCCUACGCAACCUAUCGGUGAUCGGUGGAUUAUUGAUGUGUCUAUCAGACUCAUUAUCGAAGCGAAACAACCCGAAAGCGAAUGCGAUUUUUGCAGGAUUACCGAACACAUUGGGUACGGAGACAGAGCGCCGAACGUAUCUUCAAUUAGCCGGACGAAUCCUACUCGUCUUGCUCUUUGUUGGCUUCCUCGUUAGUGGAGAGUUUACUCCGGCUAGGGCUGCCGUCUCUCUCAUCGGUCUCGUCGCUAGUGCUAUGGUCGCUGUCGGGUUCAAGGCUAAGUGGUCCGCCAUGUUCUUGCUCCUCGUCCUCUCCGUCCUCAACAUUGUCGUCAACAAUUGGUGGUCCGUCCACUCUGCCCACCCCCAUCGUGAUUUCUUAAAGUACGACUUCUUUCAAACCUUGUCGAUUGUUGGAGGUCUCCUCCUGUUGGUCAACAUGGGCCCUGGUGGAAUCUCUGUGGAUGAAAAAAAGAAGGUCUUUUGAUCAUCAACUCUACUACAACAAGCAUUCAAAAAAAUUGUUUUUUUUUCUCUUUCUUUCUCCUUUAUCAUCAUCAAUAACAUAUCUCUUCCUCUUUUCUCCUCCUUAUUUUUCAGGUUUUCUGUGAUACAAUGUGAUUUUCUUUUUUUUCUUUAUUCCAUGCUAUGAGAAAAAAAAUGUUUAGAAUGAUUUGAUCAAAUCAGCAGAGAGGAAUGAAAAGGCA